GUCAGUUGCAUAGUCAGUCGUAAAGUGUCGUUUAAGCUGUGAAAGAAUGAGGAUGACUUUUGGGUUGACUUUCAGGGCAGCAAAAAGCCGCUGGAUGGUGAACGUCAGCCGGCAGUGCUCACAUGGGUCCGUUGGGUUAUUUGUGCCACCAAGUCCUCCUCUGGACCCUGAAAAGGUCAAAGAGUUACAGCGCUUCAUCACUCUUUCCAAGAGACUCCUAGUGAUGACCGGGGCAGGAAUCUCCACCGAGUCGGGGAUCCCAGACUACAGGUCAGAAAAGGUGGGACUCUACGCCCGCACUGACAAGAAACCCAUUCAGCACGGGGAUUUUCUACGGAGUGCUCCAAUCCGCCAGCGGUACUGGGCGAGAAACUUUGUAGGCUGGCCUCGGUUCUCCUCCCUCCAGCCUAACCCUGCACAUUGGGCUUUGAGCAAUUGGGAGAGACUUGGAAAGCUGUACUGGUUGGUGACCCAAAAUGUGGAUGCCUUGCACACGAAAGCAGGGAGUCAGCGCCUGACAGAACUCCACGGAUGCAUGCACAGGGUCCUUUGCUUGGACUGUGGUGAAAAGAUUCCCCGCAGAGCGUUGCAGGAGCGUUUUGAAGCCCUGAACCCCACCUGGAGUGCUGAGGCCCAUGGCCUGGCUCCUGAUGGCGACGUCUUUCUCACGGAGGAGCAGGUGCAGAGCUUUCAGGUCCCGUCCUGCGCUCGAUGUGGAGGCCCCCUGAAACCAGACGUCGUUUUCUUCGGGGACACGGUGAACCCUAACAAGGUUGACUUUGUGCGCAGGCGUGUAAAAGAAGCUGACUCCCUCUUGGUGGUGGGAUCGUCCUUGCAGGUGUACUCCGGCUACAGGUUUAUCCUCACUGCCCAAGAGAAGAAGCUUCCAAUCGCGAUACUUAACAUUGGGCCCACACGGUCGGACGACUUGGCAUGUCUGAAACUGGAUUCUCCCUGUGGAGAGUUGCUGCCUUUGAUAGACCCACACUGACCAGAGCCUGAUGCUCCUGAGCCAGAAACAGAUUUCCACUGUAAUCCUGCUAUUAAAGAUCCAUGGUAAGGAUUCCUCCCUUCUUCCUCUACCUAAUCAAAGCUCACUGGAUGCAGCCUGUAGAGGGCAGCAAACCGACAUCUUUCUCCAGCCCCUCUCUGAACUGGACAGGUUUGAGUGUGACCGAUGAGAUUUGACCCUGAAGAAAGAUUUUUUCAAAGCAGUGGCUGCUCUGGGUAGGGAAAACUGCCCUCACUUGCUUUUUAUCUCACCAGGCAGAAGAAACAGCUUGGGAAAUAAUGUAGGCCAGAACAGUCUCUGGAGUGCUAGCUAACCCAGGAAUUUCACUAAGGUGAGGGGUGAGGGGAGAAGAAAAUGACUUCAUUUAUAAUUACAAAUGGUUAAAUGUCUCUAACUGAAACAUUUUGAUAUAUUUUUUAAGAUGAGUAAUGGUAUGAGUGAAUUUUUUAUGAACGAAGGAAUAAAGGAAUCACAUUUUUAAUAGCACAUUGGGUAUGUGGGCUGUAGGUUUAUAUUUUUUUAAUCAGCUGAAAGAGAAUGGGCUUUAUGACACAGUUCUCUGAGGAUUUCUGCUGGAUUUCAGCUGCCAGAAUGAGACAUUUGCCUUGAACCUGGUCUGCAGAGAGGAAACAUGUGGGCUCUUAAACUGAUUUGUUGUUCUGCCAAGUAAGGCAACAAGCCUGUACCAGGCUAAAGCUUUCAGCACA